AUGCCUUCCGGCAAGUCCUGGUACGCGCAAGCAUCAUCAAGCAAGGCUCGGCUGUCGAACUCAAGUCAUGAGCUUCCGCGAUGGACAUCUCCUUCGCCCUCUGCAUCGAUCAUUCCACCACCCAUCGUACAAAGCGUCGCCCAACUGCCUAGUAAUGCCCCCACCCAGUCGACUGUGAUCGAGCGACCGUCACCUAUUGAAGAUCGGCAUCAGGAACUGGAGGCAGAUCUACAGUUCUUGCUAGAUGCACAAGCUGAAGGGCUGAUUCGAGGCCUUGGUGACGUCGCUGUAGACGACCGCAGUUCGACAAGCAGCACCACGCCGACUGCGCAAAGCGUAAGGAGUGCGUCAGCCAGGCGGACGCGUAAGCCUGCUCGUCGGCAGCUGGGUCUACGAAGUGCACGAAAGGGUAUCUACAAUGCAAUAAGUGCUCUGUCGGCGCUGAAGGACGAUGAGAUUCAGGAUGUCUGUUCUCAGCUGCAAGAUGAUGAGAAUACACUUGCUCAGAUCGAUGACUGGGAGGCCAAACGGAAAGGGUUGGAGGAAGUUUCCGAUAGCGUGGACGAGAGCGGCGAGACUGUCAGGGUGCAACGACUGAAGCAAGAGGCAGAUACUCUCCAGACAGAAAUCAACACGGUCGAACUUCAGCUUAUGGAGAUGAAGUCGAGGCAUCGAAAAUUGCUCAAGCAAGCUGCGGCAGUAGAGAAUUCGGUUCAGGCCAAAAUGGCAUCAUACACAUCGAGCUUGCAUCUACUUGAGGAAGAGGUGCAGAGAUUCCUGAGCGCGAAGCCAUACACUCGGGAAGAGCGGUCUACCUCGUCAGACGGUCAACAAUCUAUGUGGCAACUUCCGCCGAACCGGAGGAACUUGGACAUGGCGAAGCAGUAUUGGACCGAGCAACGUGAGUCUACUGUAGAAAUGCGCAAGCAACAUGAGCAGGAGAGAGCAGCUCUAGUUGAGGGAGCUCAAUUGUGGAAGGAGACUGUGAUGGAGGUAACAGAUCUCGAAAGACAGAUUCGAGAUGAGAUGACUGGCUUGAGACCAAUCUCUCCGGAAUCGCCAUCAGCUUGGGACGAUGCGCCGCCUUCCCAGCCAGUCGAUCACUCUCGACAGCUGAAGAAUACCUUGGGCAAGAUGCAGUCGGUCAUCUCAUCGGUAGAAGGCAAGCUUCAGAAGGCGGAAGACAACCGAUGGUCGCUUUUGAUGGCUGCAAUUGGGGCUGAGCUGGACGCUCUCAAGCGUGGCAAGGAAAUUCUCGCCGGCGUUCUCGGUGUGACAGAGCCCGACCUGAUGGACGCCAACGGACAUGAUAGCAAGGAUGACAGUCCUGGCGAGGAUAUCCGUGGGCUUGACAAAAGCUUCGAGACUGCACGACUUGAUGAGGCCAGAAGUCCACAGCGCAAGCAUGAGGACGAUGACCAUGAUGAGCCAGACCCCGAGCUACUGUUCUCGCGGCAAGACAUAGAUAAUGAAUAA